AGUUUAUGAAAUAUAAAGUAAAAAUUAUUAUUACUAAGUCAAACUUAUUAACUCAAAAGUUCAACUCAGUAACGUUUUAAUUAAUAAUUACUUAACUCUGAGAUAGUGAAUCAAAAUUAUGAGUUAGUAGUAUGGCUGCAACUAAUAAUUAUUUUCACAAUUGAUUCAUCUGCCAAUUAUUUUCUCAAUUAAUCAAUUAGCCUAAUCAUUUGGCCUACGAAAUGUCAAAAAAAUACAGAGAAAAAAUGCCCAUCAUAAUUUCUCCAAGCUCAAAGUAGCGUCCUCAUAUUCCUUGUUUUAUCUGACCAACAGUCAAAAAACCAAAUAUAUAAAAUUUUCUAUCAUAUAUGACAUAGAAAAGCAGCAAAUACUCACAUCUGAGAAGCUGAAACAAUUAUUGAAAAAUGUCAGAAACCAUUAAUUGAUUAUGAGUUGCUGAUUUAUUAUUGUCAAUGAACUAAUUGAUGAAUCAACUAAUCGUUUCAGCUCUAGUUAGGAUAUCAUCAUUUUGACUUUCAGGCUCAUAAUUUUGACAUACCAUGAGUAUUUUUAAUUUAAUCAUGCCUAACUUAUUCCAUGUUUAUACGCAGUUUUCUCAUGGAAAAUCCAAAACACAACAAAUUAAAGUCUAACUAGAAUAACUGUCUCAGAACUUUGUCUCUAUUUUGUCUGUAAUAUCACAACAGCUGACCCGCAGCAAAGUUGUUCCCCUCAAAAACUGCCCAUCACAGAUACGAGCCAAUAAGCUGUGGUUGUUAUUGACAGUAUUUCGGGCUUUUGUGGCAACCGGAACAAGCUGGGCGCGAUGCUCCGGCUUCGCGAGAUGUGGACGCAGGAUUGGUAAAACGCAUGCGCAGCCGCCGACUUGACGUCAGCAUCAGCAUCUCUCCGCUGGAUGCAGAUAACCGGAAGGAUGCUGUGGCAGCGAGGAAGCGUGGGGCUUUCAUUGUGUUGACGUUGUAUCCAAUUAUAAACAGUUCCGUCCUCAAACCAGACCACGUCCAUUUUUUAUUUUAUUUUAUUAUUUCGUUGUUGAUAUUCUGCAUCAAUAGCUGCCAUGUACCCAUCGUGCUAUUCCAAGCCCGCGGACAGCGGCGCUAAAAGGAGCUCCAUCGCUAAACUGCUGCUCGGGGUCUUUGUGGUGUAUAUGCUCCACACCGUCUGGCUGCUGUACGGCUUCCUCAACACUAAACCCUGCGAUAGAGGCUCAGGAGAGCUCUGCAUCACCUCCUACCUGGCAGCAAGACCCAGACUACAGCUGAGCGUCUUCACCUGCCUCCUGCCAGACAACAGCCAACUCAACCUUGCUGUAAAAAUAGACCCAUUUGACCCACACUCUACAUUUGAGAGGCAGGUGAAUGUCUCUCUGCCACAGGAGACUCGAGCUAAUGGCACUCUGUAUGCGGUCGUGUAUGUUCACAAAGCCGGUGUUUCACCUCUGGAGGACAGCAGAGAAGUCCACUACGCAGCGCAGCUCACCACCUACAUCCCUCCCACUCACACUGAGGGGCAGAGAGACAUGCAGAAGCCGAGUCCCAGAUCAGAGAAUCCUGUAUCCCAUUGGAGACCUCACCUGUCAAUCACUAUGAUGUCAGAGGACUUCACCUUCAACAAGGCGGGGCUUCCUAGUGAUGUGCGGCGCUACAUGAGAGUCUCUCAGGAUGGCCGACAGAUGAUCUACCUCCCUCUGCUGCUGGUUAACGAGCUCAGCUUCAGAGUCAGAGACCUCGUGGAGAUCAGCAGCAGCACUGUUCAGAUGCCUCUGACUGUGUCCUACGAGGGAAUCUCUUUAAGGGGAUUCAGGUUCUGGGUGCAUCUGCAGGACGUGGUUUACUCCCUGCGACAGUUUGGCUUCACAGAGGAGAACGUAGAUGAGAUUAAAGAGACUUUGGUGGGCUCCAACCUCUACCUGUUAGUGUUGACUGCACUCAUCACAGCUCUGCAACUCAUCUGUGAAUUCUUGGCUCUUAAAAAUGACAUCAGCUCGUGGAGGAAAAAGAAGAGCAUGGCGGGAAUGUCCAGGAAGUCGGUUCUGUGGCGUAGUCUCAGUACUUUGCUGAUUUUCCUCCACCUGCUAGAGGAGACCAGUCUAUUGGUGCUGCUUCCUGUUGGACUGGGAGCAUGCGUAGAGGUAUGGAAGGUGUUUACAGUGUUCAACAUCCAGUUUCAGUGGAAAAGCUCCAAGCUCCAUGUAAAUAAGCUGGAUGAAGAAGAAAGGAAGACAGUGGAGUAUGAUACACAGGCGUCCAGAUACUUGUCCUACUUGGUCUAUCCUCUGUGUAUCAGUGGAGCUAUUUUCUCACUGGCCUACUUACGCCAAAAGAGUUACUAUUCCUGGUUGAUCAACAGCCUGGUGACUGGAGUGUAUGCCUUUGGCUUCCUGUCUAUGGCCCCGCAGCUCUUCAUCAACCACAAGGUCUGUCCUGCAACUUCACCAGAGGCCUUUAGAAGUUUGAAGUCUGUGAGCCACCUGCAGGGGACGGUGUUGAUGUACAGAGGAGUGAACACGCUGAUCUCCGAUCUGUGCUCCUUUGCCUCCUUUUUCUCCUCAUCUGGAUCCUUCUCCUCCUCUCACCAACUUUCCUGCUUCAGAGAUGAGCUCCUCUUCUUCCUCUACCUCUACCAGCGAAGGCGUUACGCCCCCAAGGCCAGAAGGCGGGAGUCUGGGACCCACAGCAAGAAACUAAAGACACAAUGAGGAGAAGACACAUUCUUCUCCUUCCUAUUUUCACAAAGUGAAUGCACAAACACACAAAAACCCAUCUUUGAAACAAAACUGAAGAUGUGAAAGGGAGACUCAGGCAGGACACUCGGCCAUGUGUGCCCCACAGCAGCUUCAAACUGAUCCAAGAUGAGCUGUUCUGCUUCUGACUCUUCACUGCUGUACACUCAUGGUGCUGCUGCUUUGUGCUUGGCAUCGAUGAAGCUUCCCCUUUACUGCUACAGUGACUGAACCCAAUCAUCUACAGACACUCUCUGCUGCACGUGUUAUGCCGGGCUACCUUUCAAGAAGAAUAUCGACAGCAUCAUAUCACCACGUCAUAAUGUGCAUUUGCUUGAUUCUGCUCUUUAUGCACACAUAAGGGGGGUCAUGUAUACAGACCUGGGUCAUAAGCUUGAACCAUGAUUCUCCAUUUAAAAUUUACUUCAAGAAAAAACAAAAAUAUUUUACAUAUUUUUUGUACAGAUUUAUACACCUACAGUAUAUUCUGUACUGUAUGCUUAUUCCAGCAUUUCACUAAAGCUGAGGCGGCCCCCUAAUAACAGCAUAAAAUGCCCACUCAAAUAAUUUAGGGGAAAAAAGCAUUUCAGUGAAGCUAUAUGAAGCUUUACGCUUAUAUAAACUGAAAUAUUUAAACCCAAGACAACAUAAUUUUUAUGGUUGCACCAUUACAACCAAUGAAAAUGAUUCUGCACAGACAGCAAUGAGAAGAUCAGACCAUCAACAGAAAGCACUUUUAAUUUGAUCGAGUCCAAUCUACCUGAUGUGUAGAUUUAACGUUAGUCUCGUAUAUCCAAAAUGUCAUUAGAUAAAGUCUUUGUUGUAUAUUGUCAUCCUUAAUGUUCACCCUCAUGUAUUACAUAUGGAGUUAUCUCCACUGUCAAUGUACUGUACAAUUAUUUUCAAAAGACUGACUUUGCAGUGUUAACAUAUAAAUAGAAACUACUAUAUUGCCAGAAAGUUGACCACUUACUGCAAAUGUACAGAUGGCAUGUGUCUAUGAAAUCCCUGCAAUGCAUUUUGAAUUACAACAUACAGUAUAGGUGCUUAUUUGAAGUAUCAGUCUGUUCCCUUUUACUCAGCACACAAAUGCAUCACAUAGUAUGAGAAACAUUUACCUAUGGAAGGCAUAAACACAGAACUGUAAAUGAACCAUCCAAAUCUUAUCAAGCUGUUUAUUGUGCUCGUAUUACACUGAUCUCUGCGCUAAUUUCUGCUUCUUUGCUGACUGAACUGCUUGAGCUGGAGAAUAAUUUACAAGCUUUAAAUGAUUUUUAUUUAAUUAUUUUAUUUUUCAUUGUUUUGGCAAUGCACCAUCCUGUUACAUUUUUUUUUAAUAUGAAAUAAAAAUAGGAAUGUAACGAGAACAAAUCAGCUACUGUGUGUAUGGAUUGAUGUGUGCGUGUGCAUGCCAGUGUGUAUAUCAACGCGUGCAAUCAAGAGAUAAAUCAUCACAGAUAGCGAACUGGUAAUUAUGGAGACUGCUUGACUGGUUUCUGUUAAGGAGGAUUGAUACUUUGCUCACAUACUGUGUGUGUGUGUUUGUUUUUGUUGUCUUACUAUUUAAGCAGUGGAUAAAUAUGCUCACUGUGUCCCGUUGAGGUUCAGGAAAUAAAUGUUAACUGACAGAGAAUCCCAAAAAAAAA